GAUUCUGUGUGUGGCUCGACACUGGUCCGGGCAGGCAGCUCCUUUCAGCUGAGAGAACUGCAGAGAAGAUGGCGGCGCUACGAGUUGUGGCGUUAUCGGGGAGCGGUAGGGCUCUCCUGAGCACGCCGAAAACUAUCAAGACCCCGAUGGCCAACAUGUCCUUUGGCAGCCUGCCACGGAGCAAGAAGGUUGCCUUGACAACACUAGGUGUGGUCACAGCUGGUGGGGCGGGGCUCGCUCUGAUGCUGCACCAGUCCGUUAAAGCCUCCGACCUGGAGCUUCACCCACCUCAAUACCCCUGGAGCCACUCCGGACCUCUGUCUUCUUUAGACCACGCUAGUAUUCGUCGUGGUUACCAGGUAUAUAAGCAGGUGUGUUCAGCCUGCCACAGUAUGGAGUACCUGGCAUUCAGAAACCUGGUGGGAGUGUCGCACACAGAGGCAGAGGUUAAGACCAUUGCUGAAGAGAUUGAAGUAGUGGAUGGUCCCGAUGAGAGUGGAGAGAUGUUCACCCGGCCAGGAAAGCUGUCGGACUACUUCCCAAAGCCUUAUCCCAACCCUGAGGCAGCUCGUGCUGCCAACAACGGGGCCCUGCCUCCAGAUCUCAGCUACAUUGUCAAUGCAAGACAUGGAGGAGAGGACUACGUGUUCAGCCUGCUGACAGGAUACUGUGAACCUCCAGCAGGAGUGUCGGUGAGAGAGGGACUGUACUACAACCCAUACUUCCCUGGCCAGGCUAUAGGCAUGGCUCCGCCCAUCUACAACGAGGUGCUGGAGUAUGACGACGGAACCCCUGCCACCAUGAGCCAGGUUGCUAAAGACGUGUGUACUUUCUUGAGGUGGGCUGCCGAGCCGGAGCACGACCAACGUAAACGCAUGGGAUUGAAGUUGCUGAUGGGCUCGGCCAUUAUCGUCCCUCUGCUCUACUACAUGAAGAGACACAGGUGGUCUGUAUUGAAGAGCAGGAAGAUCGCCUACAGGCCUCCCAAGUAAAUGGAAACAAACACACCCCUACCUGGGCUUAAACCUACCAGAGAGGGCUGCGUUCAAUGACCCCACAACGCUCACCUCCCAAUGAUCAUGUGGACACAGAACAACUGACUAACACACACACGUCUUUCUAAGAGGGGGUGGAAAAAUAAGAGUAUAAAUACUAUGUUUAUUCCUACAGAAAAAUGCCUUUUUUUUAAGUUGUUGGCGUGGUAGAACUAAUUGUGACAAAUUUUCCGACACCUGGAAUAUUGUGGUGCGAGAGUUGUGGCGUUGUUGAACGCGCUUUCCACAAAGUUUUUUUUUUUUUCUUUUUUCUGCAUCAAGUCAUUGCUGAUAGCAGUUCCCGUCUUGACAUCUUGUAUCAGACACUUUGUCACAAUUGACUGAUAAGUUGAUUGAUUGUCCAUCUUUAUAAGAUACUCAUAAACAACAGGAGUGCUGAGAAAUGGUUGCCCUCAAAGUUUGUAACAUCUUGGGUGUUUGUUAAUCCAUCCUCCCCUGUCUUCUCCACACAGCCACUCAGUGGAUCAAAUGCAGCCUCUGAACCUCUGUUUUACUGUACAAAAUAAAUUAUCUUAAAGGAAA